UCAAAAUGUGCAAUAAUUUUAGUGCAGUUUGUGUUUUAACAUGCAUCUAUUUUAUUAAUUUAUUCGUCGGAAUUCAGUGUCAAAGAAACCCAUGUCCGAGCGAUGAAUUUUAUUGUGGCAACAGUGAUGAUCAAUGUAUACCGAAUGCUUUAAAAUGUGAUGGAAAACCUGAUUGUAAUCACAAUCAUGCUGAUGAAAGUUAUAAAACCUGCAAAUCAAAUAUAUGUAAACCAAAUGAAUUCCACUGUGCUUAUGGAGCUUGCGUGCCACUGAGCUCAAGAUGCAAUAAAAUUAGAAACUGUUUAGAUGGAUCAGAUGAAUUUUAUUGUGAUAAAUGCGAACCAACAGAACUAUGCUCAGAGCCAUGGUUGACUUCUUGUGCAUCUGGUGAUUGUAUCUAUCGACAUCAAAUUUGCGAUGGUGUCCAAGAUUGCCCAGACAACUCUGAUGAAACUUUUUCACUAUGUACAAAAAUUAGGAGCGAUGCUAAUACUUUUAGAUGCAAGUAUGGUGCAUGUAUUGAUUCGAAUUUAAGAUGCAAUGGAAGAAGUAACUGUGUUGAUCACUCCGAUGAGUUCGAAUGUGACAAAAAUAUUAUUUCGGAUAAUUUUAAACCAAUUUGUGGGAAACACAGUUUCCAAUGUAACUCUUAUUUAUGUAUCAAAGAAGAACAAGUGUGUGAUGGUAUUAUCGAUUGUGAUGAUGGAUCGGAUGAAACUUUCGCGCAAUGCAACAAUAAAAAAUGCACAAAUACAACUAUAUGUCCUUAUGGUGCAUGCAAAACAGGAUCAGACUGUAUUCCUGCUCCUCGUCCAACAAGAGCAACUGUACCAAAAAUAUCACCCAAAAGUAUGAUGUCAACGGCAUUGGUACCUGAUAAUUGUGAGCCCGCUCCUGAGGUAGAUGAUGAAGUAGGAAGUGUGACAAUUUGUCCAGAUGUGUCGCCGGGUAUAUUGCAAAGUUUACCCUCCGGGACGAUACUGUAUUAUACCUGUAAAGAUGGUUAUUUGUUAACUACUUCAACACCAACAAUUGUCUGCAUGAAUGGAAACUGGUCCAAUGAAUUUCCAGAAUGCAAAAGAAGUUGUCCACCAUUAGAGUCGGCAACCCAUGAAAUUAAAUGUACAUAUAUGGAUAAAGAAGUUUCUUGUAAUAAACCUUUCGCUGGGGUCAUUGCCUCGGUUAAGUGUAAACAUCCAUUUAUAAUCCGAAAUCCUCGACAAUUACAGUACUACAAUGGUAUUGAAUGUCUUGAGAAUGGCAAAUGGGAUAACGAGUUACAUGCAUGUUAUACAGAUUGUGGAAAAAUUUCUCUGCCAGUUCAAACUGCACCAUCAGAAGAUGAUAUUACUCCGAAAAUUGCCGGGGGAUAUGACGUCAACAGAAUUGAAGAUAUUCCAUGGCAUGCUGCAAUUUAUGAAAAAAUAAACGGAACUUACGAUCAGAUGUGUGGCGGAAGCAUAAUAACAGAAACAAUUAUUGUUACAGCUGCACAUUGUUUUUUCAAUUAUUCCGUUUCUCCGUAUGUAUUAAAAGAUAACAAAAACGAUAGAUUUGCUGUUGCUGUAGGUAAAAAAUAUCGUAGUUGGGAUAGUGAAUUGGAUACUAAAGCACAACGUUUUACGAUAAAAUUUAAAGUGCAUCCAGAUUUUUUGGACAAUGAUUUUCGCUUUGACAUAGCUGUAGUAAAAUUAAAUAAGCCCAUAAGCUUCAAUUUAAAAGUACGACCUAUUUGUGUUGAUUGGUCUAAUAAAAAAAAUCCAAUUCGAUUUGACAAACCUGGAAUCGUUGCCGGUUGGGGAAUCACGGAUCGUGAAGACGUGAUGUCUCAUUCCGAAAAACUUCAAGCAGUCAAUUUACCAUACGUUGACAAAGCUACUUGUAUCAAAUAUUUUCAAGAUAGUUUACCUGAGUUUACAGUUUUUAUUACACCGGAUUCUUUUUGUGGGGGGAAUAGAAAUGGUUCAAUCACAUGUCCAGGAGAUAGUGGGGGUGGAUUCGCAUUUAAAGAAGGCAAUCGUUAUUAUCUUCGAGGUAUAACUAGUACUGGUCCAAGUAGAAACCUCUUCGCAUGCGAUAUAUACGAAUACGCUGUUUUUACCGAUAUCCAAUCUCAUUUAAAUUUUAUUAAAGAAAAUAUAAAGAAACCGGUUAACAUCAAACCAAAUCGAAAUAAAUUUAACAAUGGUCCGUCAAGACAGCCGUUUAACUCGAAAAGCAAUUCUUUAUUGAUUGGCAAUGCCGUCUAAACAACCUAGUGAUGCUACAAAAUUGAUUCAAGAUAGUGAGCAAUAAACCAACAACUAAAAAUUACUUUCAUUA